UCUCAGAGUAGUUGUCUGCUGCCCCAUGCAAGAUAGAUCCGUCAAAUCCGGGCAUCAGCCGCUCGUCUGCAAGCUGCACCGCACCAACCCCACGGAUCCACGACAGAGCGGCCAUGGAAGACGCCAUCCUCCUCUUCCUCCUCCCCGUGGCCACCACCAUGUCCAUCCUGCUACUCCUGCGUGCAGCUCGCUCCAACCCCCAGAAGCGACCCCAUCGCUCCAAGCUCGCCACCGUCCCGCCGCCUUCCCCGUGGCGGCUCCCGCUCGUGGGCAACCUGCACCAGCUCGCGGGCGGCCGCCUCCCGCACCGCGCGCUGGCCGCCCUCGCCGCCGCGCACGGCCCCGUCAUGCUCCUCCGCCUCGGCCAGGUCCCGGCCGUCGUCCUGUCCUCGCCCGACGCCGCACGGGAGGUGAUGCUGGCGCAGGACCACGUCUUCGCCACCCGCCCCUCGCUCGCCAUCCCCUCCAAGCUCUUCUACGGCUGCACCGACGUCGCCUUCGCCCCGCACGGCCCCUACUGGCUCCGCGCCCGCAAGACCUGCGUGCUCCACCUCCUCAGCCCCGCCAGGGUGCGCGCCUACCGCGCCGUCCGGGAGGAGGAGGUGGGCGCGCUCCUGGACAAGGUCCGGCGGCAGGCGCGCGUCGUGCCCCUGAGCGAGCUCCUCGCCGGCUUCGCCAAGGACGUGAUCGGGCGGAUCGUGUUCGGGGCGAGCGCCGCCACGCGCGCCGACGGGUGGGGCGCCAAGGUGGACGCGCUGCUGGAGGAGGGCAACGCGCUGCUCGGCACGUUCCACGUCGGCGACUACUUUCCCAGCCUGGCGUGGCUCGGCGCCCUGGACGGCACGGACGCCAAGGUCGGCAAGGCGUUCGACAGGAUCGACGCGGUUCUCGAGGAGAUCGUCGACGCCGCGGAGAGACGAAUGGGUGGAGUCCACGGAGGCGAGGCGCUGGGGCGGCACGACAGCACGUUCGUAGAUGUGCUUCUGUCCCUCGGCAACAAUACCUCCGGCGCCGGUAGUGCGGCCACGGAGAAGACGGCGGCGCGGCGAUUCACGAGGGACAACGUCAAGGGGCUCCUAGCGUUCUGGCCGGGCACGCAGAAUCUCUUCGGGGCAGGGGCAGACUCCACCAUCAUCGUGCUCGAAUGGGCCAUGGCAGAGCUGCUCCGCAACAAGGAAGCCAUGGAAAAGCUACAACACGAGCUAAGGAGUAGAUCCGUAAGCACCAACUCCGAUAUGAUCACCGAAGAAGAUUUACAGGGGAUGGUCUACCUGAAAGCGGUGAUGAAGGAGACGAUGCGGCUGCACCCUCCGGGGCCGCUGCUGAUCCCCCGCGAGGCCAUGGAGCCGACGACGAUCCAGCAGUACGACGUGCCGAGCAAGACCAUGGUGAUCGUCAACGCGUGGGCCAUUGGAAGGGACCCCGACAGCUGGGAGUCUCCGGAGGAGUUCCGGCCGGAAAGGUUCCUCGGCGCCGGCGGCGAGGUGGACUUCCGGGGCCGGCAUUUCCAGCUCGUACCGUUCGGUUCUGGGAGGAGGGUGUGCCCGGGGAUCAACUUCACCAUGUCCAUCAUGGAGAUCGCGAUUGCCAACCUCCUCGGCCAGUUCAACUGGGCGCUGCCGGAGGGCGCGACGGAGGAGGUGGUGGACAUGGAGGAGGCGCCUGGGAUCACCUCGCGAAAGAGGGUUCCCCUUCACGUCCACGCUACACCACGGGCGUCGUGCAGUCGCUAUGUGUAGUUCGAAUUCAUCAUGUUGUGCUCCUCGAAUUGAUUCUAGUAAUUUCAAGGCUAUGUGAUGCAACUAUUUCUUUUGUAUCUUUUGUAUUCAUAUCAAGAAGCGUUUCAAUGUCA